AUGCCAACUACGAGCCAGACAAGCACCACAACUACCAUUGCUUCAACAACAGUGCCGACCACGAGCAGUACAAUUCAGUCCACAGCCACGACUUCAUCUCAGUCUAGCAGAGGAACGACACCGUCUUCAACUCCAGUAUCAACCUCAACCACCGUGGUAUCAAGCAGCACAACUAGCAGUGAGACACCAUCAACAACCGCACAGAGCAGCACUUCGUCCUUGCCUACGACUACUGUCGGAACAAGCACAACUUCUGCCCAGACCACCAGCCAAUCUACGUCUACAUCUGCCAGUACAAGCGGCACAAGCACUCCUGUCACCACCAGCACAAUCGCCACCACCACGGGCUCUACGUCCACCACCAGUAGCGCAACAUCAGCUAGCACGACAACAAGCGGCUCUACCAGCCAAUCGACUACAAGCACUACUGCCGUGUCGAGUAGCACCUCGACAAGCAGCUAUCCUUCGAGCUCAUCUUCCAGCAGCUACCCUUCGAGUUCGUCUACUAGCAGCUCGCCUUCGCGCACGUCCACAAGCGUCACGGAGACAAGCACGACCACCAGCCUUGCUACGUCCACAGCAUCUACUACAGUCUCUACAUCGGUCAGCACCACUGCUCAGUCGACUACUAGUACUGUGACGACGGCGUCGACAACGAGCGCAAGCACUUCCUCGCCGAGCCACUCUACCACUUUGACAACUAGCAGCGCCUCAAGCCAGUCGACCACGCCCAGUGGAUCCACGACUGUUGGUUCUUCGACCUCUACCACCAGCAAGCCAGUGGCGUCAACAUCGGUCGUGACCUUAAGCUCUACCACAUCAUGGACAGCUACCAGUGGAUCAUCUAGCUCUACUACCAGCAAGCCAGUAACUUCGACUACGGUUGUGACCUCAAGCUCUACCACAUCAUGGACAGCUACCAGUGGAUCAUCUAGCUCUACUACCAGCAAGCCAGUAACUUCGACCACGGUUGUGACCUCAAGCUCUACCACACCUGCUACUACCACAGGUGCGACAACAAGCAGCGUUUCGAGUCAAUCGACGACGUCUAGCGCAUCCACAACGGUUGAGUCUUCGACCUCCACUACCAGCAAGCCAGUAGCGUCAACUUCGGUGGUAACUUCAAGCUCUACCACGGCCGUCUCCACCACUGGUUCCUCGACAUCUACUACCAGCAAGCCAGUAGCAUCAACAUCCGUUGUGACCUCAAGCUCCACCAAGCCUGUCACCACUAGCAGCCCCACAAGCACCGGUAGCACCUCUUGGAGUUCGUCAACAACUGUUCACACACCCAGCGGAAGCACCACCUCAUCUGCGGGCAAGACCACAACUACUCCCGUCAAGGUUGUGAGCACCAGCACGGCACAGACAACUCCUGGUCAUAGCAACAGUGCCAGCACCUGGACUUCCCAAACGCACACCAAGCAUACCACGGAGACACAGAAGUCGUGGACCACCACCCUCCAGACCAAGACCAAGGCAACAACCACAAGCAAGGGCCACCAUGAGACGACCACACAGGCAACUCCUACUAGCCACAGCACAGGAUCGACGACUGGAUGGGAAGAGUGGACUACCUCGUCUACUGCUACACCAGUCAAGCCUUCGUCGACUGCAAGCACCGGAUGGGAAGAGUGGACUACCUCGUCCACCGCCACUCACGUUCAGCCUUCCUCAUCAGUGGCUACCGAGUGGAACGAGUGGACCACAUCCUCCACCGCGACACACACCAAGCCUGCCUCAUCUGCCGCAACCGAGUGGAACGAGUGGACCAGAUCCUCAACCGCGACACACACCAAGCCUGCCUCAUCUGCCGCAACCGAAUGGAACGAGUGGAGGACUACACCUACGGCUACUCAAGCUAAGCCAUCGUCUUCUGCAGCCACAGAAUGGGAAGAAUGGCAAUCAUCAUCCACCACUACACAUACUGAAGCUAAGCCGUCCUCAUCCGCGGCCACUGAGUGGAACGAAUGGCGAGGCAAGACCUCAACCACCACCACGGUCGAGGUCACUUCAACCCCAACCGCAAGCCCCUGGACUCACCACCCGCACGGCAAGCCAUCAGCUUGGUCGAACAGCACUACCACCUCCACUACCACCUCCAGUGCUACUAGCACCAGCACCAGCACCAGCACGGCAACCCCAACUCCUAACAGACCAUGGGGCUUCCGCGGAGGAAAUUUCAAGCAUCAUGUUCCCACGCACACCACUGCUGAAAGCUCUCCCGAGUCUACCGAGACUGCAAGCAGUGGCUGGGGUGACUGGAGUGACAAGACGACCGAAGGGUCGAAAGGAGGAGAAGAGCAGAACAAGGGCGAUGAUUCUUCAUCGUGGUCUUCGUGGUCUGUUCGCGGACGCCGCGCCGGACGCUUCGUCAGAUAA